GCUCGGGCUACUCGCCGGACGCCUCUGGAGCGCCUUCUCCGGGGAGGCGUCGCCGAUGCUCCCUCAGCCGCAGGAGCCGUGGGUCGCCUCCCUCGAGGCCCUGCUGCAGCCCGCCGGGCCCGCAGCGCUCGCGGGGCACUCGGUGUGCAUCGUGGUGGCCGUGCUGCUUCACAGCCGCGGCCGCGCCGACAGCCUGGCGCAGCCCGUCGGUGGCCUGCUAGGCUUCGUCGCGGUCACGGCGCUGCUGGCGCUGGUCGGCUUGGUCCCCGCCUGCCAGGGGCACUGCCCCGACUGGAUGCUGCCGCAGGACGACUCGCCCCUGUGGCCCUUUCUGGGCUGCGCCUUCUGGGCAGUGCUGACGGCGCUUGCGGCUGCUCGCCAGCUCAGCGUGCUGAGCGACUGGGAGGUCUUCGAGGUGCCUCGCCUUCGCUGGCGCCUCCUGACCGUUACUGCGCCCCAGUGGAUUGGGUGUUAG